UAGAGAGUGCUGCAGUGCAUUUAUUCCAAAUCUCAGAUUACUUAUUUCGAUCUUCUUGAAAGUUCCUUUUUCCGGUUUAACUACGAAGAGGAGUUGCUGAUCAAACACUAAUUACAUUCAAAAUGCCACGUGAAAUAAAGGAAAUCAAAGAUUUUCUCUUGAAGGCGAGGAGGAAAGAUGCCAAAUCGGUCAAGAUAAAGAAAAAUGCAGACAAUGUUAAAUUUAAGGUCCGUUGUUCGAGAUUUCUUUAUACUCUUGUCAUUACGGAUAAAGAAAAGGCAGAGAAACUAAAGCAAUCUUUGCCACCAGGCUUACAAGUGAAGGAAGUGAAAAGAAGCGAGCGUAUGUAAAUGAUUCAAUAAAAUAUCAUUGAAUUUAUAAA